AUGAGGGACUUUCGGUUUGUGGAGGCAGAGCAAGUGGCUCAGGCCCGCGAAGAAGGACCGGCGGCCUGCGGCGUCUCCGCAGUGUUGGUGGCAGCUGAGUACGAGCGAAGAAGGUUGACGCGCCCAGUUGGGCAGUCGCUCUUGGCCUGCGGCGACGCGAAGGCAGGACUGUCUUCGGAGGCCGCUAUGCCUGCGAGCAGCACAGAGGGACAGAGGGGAAUCCUGGGAGAUGAGGUUGAAGCCGCCAGAGUCGCGGUCGCGUGGAAACAGUUCGGCGCCGCGAAGAGCUCUCAGACAACGUCUGGCGGUGUAGACUUGAUGAGCAGGCAGACACGCAUGACGAAUCCAGUGCUCGCUCGAGAGGCGAGCCUCUACCCCGAGGAAGAGACCUACAGCGGCCAGGAAGAGGACGAAGACGAGGAGGAAGAUGAAGAAGGCGAUGGAGAGGAGGAGGACGAGGAAGAGGAGGACGAUAGCUACGAGGAAGACGACGAGCCGUCGCCUCUGCGGGCGCCGCCGCCGGGGCGAAGAAGUCCGCGGCCCUCGGCGAGUCUCUGCUUCGAGAGACAGCCUCUGCCGCGAGACGAGGACCCCGCUAACCCUGCGCCGCCUCCGCCGCGACGCGUUUCGCUAUGGGGCAGUCUCUGGAUUCACGCGCGGCGUUCGCUUCCUUUUUUCGGUUGCGACGGCGUGGACGGCUCGCUGCCGCCGACGCCCAAGCCUCCGGCCUACGAUGGCGAGGAGCUGCAGCAGCUCGGCGCGUCCCUGCUGUCGUCGCUGGUGCCGUCUCAGUUUUUGAAGAAGGACGCAAGUCGCUUCCCCUCGCAAGUCGAGGCCCUCUGGAGAGAAGAGGGCAGCAGCGGCGGGACGGGCUCCAGCAGGGCCGCGCACGCGGGCAACGGCGCCGCGAGAGGAGAAAGCGAGGCGAGCCGACGGAGGACCUCUGCGCAGGACGAUCACGUCUCUCCUUCCUUCGCUCCCUACGGAGGGGCGUCUCCGCUGGAGUCCGCCGGGCUCCGGUCGCGCCUGAAGGGCGAGAGCUCUCAAAAGGGAGCCUCCUAUGGAGUCGGCAGCAUCCACGCUUAUCGGGUCGGCGCCCUAGAUGCUCCCGACGUCGCAGCCCUCCUGUGGGCCGCUGUGCGACGUCGCGCUUCGAAGUUUUUUCUCUUCUUUUCGCUCCUUUCUGUCGCGCUCUUCGCCGUGUAUCGCCAGCUCUCGUGGCUGGGACGAGAUCCGGAAGCCGCGUAUCAUGGCGAAGGCGGGUCUGGGGCUGCCGCGGCCGGUCGCGCGCCUUCAGGGGCCUCGGCGUGGCUUCUUGAGAAGGAGAUGCAGAAGCUGAGGCGCGAGCUGGAGGAGGAAAGGGAGGCGCUGAGUGACUACCGCGAGCGCAUGCAGCUGCAGCUGAAGAAGCACGUUAGCCACUUGACGGAGAAGGUUCAGCAGGAGCUCCAGUCUCUGCAGCACGCCGAGUUGAGCCACAUGUUUGAGCGUCUGCAGAAAGAGGGGCUGGGCUCCAACGCCGACGAGGAAGACGAGGAAGCGAAGGACGAAAAGACGCAGCAACUCGCCUCGGACGUUGAUGCGGUGCAAUCUGCGGUUCGAGGGCUCGAGAAGAGAAAUGAAGAGCUGGAGAUGUCUGUGCGGAUUCUGCGGCUGAGUCUCGAGGAGCUUGCCAAAAAGCAGGAAGAUGGCGCGACUCAGGCCCUUCUCACGCAAGACUUUGGACGCAAAGUCGAGGAACUGCACACACAUCUUGUCGUGGAGGAGGAGCAGCAGAUCGACUGGGCACUGGAGUCCUUGGGCGGGCGCAUCGUCAUCGCCGAGACGGCCCCCCCGCUGAUGAAGCCGCCCUCCUGGGCCUCGACUGUCUCCGCGGCGAUGUGGAGCCUCGUUCAGGGCGAAGAGGCCGACGAGGCCGCGGGCGCCGCGGGCUUCUGGGCGCACAAGCGCCCGGCGGUGAUGCUGCAGCCCGACAGGCACGCCGGCAGCUGCUACGCGUUCCUCGGCGGACGCGGAAACGUGACGAUUCAAUUGCCGACAGCGGUGUAUGUUACCUCUGUCGCCUUGGACGACGUAGCCUCGGAGUUGUUUACCGCCAGCGCGCCGCGGCGCUUCCGGGUGUGGGGUUUCGAAGACCCGCGGGCCGCUUCGUCGGCGUAUGUUUUCUCGCCUUCGUCUGGAGGCUCCGCGCGGACUUCCUUCAGCGGCAUCCGCGCGGGCGAGCGGCAGGCGGCGACUGAAAAACCUGCAUGCGGAGUACUCGGUGCGGGGAAGAUCUGCAGCUGGCUGUCGGCCGUGACGAGCUUCGUGAAGCCGGGAGAGAGGCAGGUCGCCAGGCGCGGGCCUGCAGCGGGGGGGGGGGCUCCGCAGCGUGUGUUCCUUGGCGAGUAUGAAGUCACGCAGAGGAGAAAGCUCGUCCUCUUUGAGGUGAAGGAGCAACACCCCGUGCCCCUGCGGAAAAUCCUGUUUGAGUUCGUCGACAACUUUGGUCAUCCCUACACCUGCAUCUACCGCCUCAGAGUCCACGGAGAAAAGGCCGUGCUGCAGACGAGAGAAGCAGAAAGCGCAAAGAGUCCGCGAGAAAACCUUUAG